UUUAUUUCUUCCUACGGUCUCCGGAUUCACAGCGGUCUGUGUUGAUUCUUUUGUCGUGUUCAUUGUGACUGGAUUAUUAAAGUUAUGGCGAGUUUAGCAGCCGCGGCCGCUGCAGCUGCACGGGAUCCAGCAGUGGAUCGAUCUUUGCGUUCAGUCUUCGUGGGAAACAUCCCAUAUGAGGCAACGGAGGAGCAGUUGAAGGACAUCUUCUCAGAGGUUGGACUUGUCGUCAGUUUUAGGUUGGUGUAUGACAGAGAAACGGGUAAGCCGAAGGGUUAUGGCUUCUGUGAGUACCAGGAUCAAGAGACUGCGCUCAGUGCCAUGCGUAACCUGAACGGCAGAGAAUUCAGUGGAAGGGCUCUCCGUGUUGACAACGCUGCCAGUGAGAAGAAUAAAGAGGAGCUGAAAAGUUUGGGAACUGGUGCUCCAAUUAUUGAGUCCCCUUAUGGAGAUGGCUGCAUAGCAGAAGAAGCCCCGGAGUCAAUCAGUAGAGCGGUGGCCAGCCUGCCCCCUGAACAGAUGUUUGAGCUAAUGAAACAGAUGAAGCUUUGUGUGCAGAACAGUCCACAGGAAGCUAGGAACAUGCUGUUGCAGAAUCCUCAACUAGCUUAUGCCCUGCUGCAGGCACAGGUCGUCAUGAGGAUUGUGGACCCUGAAAUUGCUCUGAAAAUGCUUCACCGUCCGCCUGUGGUUCAGCCCGUAAACCCAAAUUCUCUGCCUGGGGCAGUGCCUGUUACUACCCAGCCCCUGCCUCAGCCCAGUGCCCCUGUCUCUCAACCCCAACAGAUGCCAGGCAUGCAUGUGAACGGAGCUCCUCAAAUGAUGCAGCCUCCACAGAUGGGAGGUGGAGUACCCGGACCAAUGCCAGGACAGGGACCAAUGGGACCAGCUGGCGGGAUGCAAGCUCAGAUAGGAAUCCCACCAGGAGGUCCUGUGCCCAUGGAUAGGGGACCAGGACACCUUCAGGACUCUCCUGUAGGAGCUGCUGGGCAGGCUGCUAUCGAGCGGUCUCCAGUGCCAAUUGUAGACCCACGUGCACCAAUGCGAGGGGCUCCAUCCGGCCCUCCAGGGAUCCCACCGAGAGGUCUUCUCGGCGAUGGCCCGAACGACCCACGGGGCGGAUCAUUGGUCAAUGUCACUGGAGAUGUAGUGGAACCAGGGCGUGGUUAUAUUGGAGGCCCUCCGCAACACCAGGGGCCACCUAUGCAUAUGGCACCCCCAGACAUGCGCGGCCCUCAUGACAUGAGGGGAGGACCAAUAAUGGGAGAGCCUAGAGGCCCUAUGAUGGAACCACGUGGCCCACCCAUGGAGGCAAGAGGUCGUGAUCCACGGGCUGUUGAUGCUCGAGGUCCGAUAUCAGGUCAGAGGGUUCCUGUGGCGGCUGGAAUGCAAGGUCCUCCCCCCCACGGCAUGGGACAGAGUGCACCUCCCGCAGCGAGACCAGGUCCUACUUCGGAUGUAUCAUCGCAAGACCAUGAGAAGGCUGCCUUGAUUAUGCAGGUCCUGCAACUGACUCCAGAACAGAUUGCCAUGCUGCCACCAGAACAAAGACAGAGCAUUCUCAUACUAAAGGAGCAGAUUCAAAAGACAGCAGGCGCACCGUGAGAAUGAAUGUACACAACCAAAUGGGCAACCGUCACCCAGCUACGCCAGGAUCGGACUCCCACAGCUGUAACUUUGUUGUUGUCAUGUUUUGUUUAUAUAGUGGUAUUUUCGUAUUUGAAGUAAAAGCAGUUCUGAAUAGCAGUGGUACAAAACAAGUUUAUUGAAAAACACACAAUAAAUAUGUACAUUGAUCUUGAAAUAAACAACCGGACAUUUCAUCAUUGCAGAUGUUUUCUUUCCUGCCCUGAUAUAUACUUCAUAAACAAAAGCAAAACGACUUCGAAAAACAUGAAAUACAAUUCUUUUGUUCUUAUGUGAUAAGAAGUUUAAGGAUUGCACAACUGUACACAAUAGAUUGCUCUGAAAAAUGUCGCAGCUAAUACAGAAGAAAUGGUUUCCUUCCUUUACUUUGUGCCACGUUUAUUUUAGAACUGGACAUAUUUGCGCAAAGGAGGCAUUUUAUAGACGAUACAUUCAGGUGUAAUUGUAAUUUCCGUGAACCUUGGUGAUUCAUUCCUAACCAGGAACUCCAAGCCAACCUAAGAGUACAAUGAUUGGACUUGACUCUGCCGUGGAAUUUGUCCGUUUUAGGGAUGGGCAUUUUUGAUCAUAUGUCAUUUCGAGUACUCGUUUUUCAAACCUGUCACGUUACUCGAUUAAUUAAGCGAAAAGUUAUGUUAAUAAAACUAUAAGAUUGAGUAAAUAAUUAAAUCGACACUGUUAGAUCAUUAA